CUCUCUGCGUCUUAGCCCGCACUAUGACCAUCAAACGCAGCCGUCCCGCCCCCGUCCUCCGCGUCAAGAAGAUGACGGCUGAGGCCAUCCUGCCCACGCGUGGCUCCAGUCUCGCUGCGGGUCUGGACCUCUCGGCCGCGUACGACGCCGUCAUCCCAGCGGGCGGCAAGGGCCUCGUCAAGACGGACCUUAUCAUCGCAGUUCCUGACGGCUGCUACGCACGCGUGGCGCCUCGCUCGGGUCUUGCCUGGAAGAAGUUCAUCGACACAGGCGCUGGUGUCAUCGACGCAGACUACCGCGGCAACGUGGGCGUGAUCUUGUUCAAUCACUCUAGCGACGACUUCCCCGUCAAGCGCGGGGACCGUGUGGCUCAACUUAUCCUCGAGAAGAUCGAGUACCCGGAGGUCCAAGAGGUGGAUGAAAUCGAGGAGACUGCACGCGGUGCCGGUGGCUUCGGCAGCACCGGCGUGAACGUGCCAAUCACGAAGAAGCAGCAUGUGGCGAGCAACGGAGCCGCGGAGGACGAAGAGGAGGACGAGAUUGAUUCGACGCUCAAGGCCAUUGAGCUGUUGUCGGAGAAGAAGGUGGUUGAUGAAAAGUCGCGUACUGAGCUGAAGAAGAAGCUGUUCACGGCGUCUGAACGGCAGCUCAAGCUGAUCAACAAGGCGCUGGCCAGCUACGUUGACGACGAGGACAGUGCCAAGGUACUGGAGUGGAUCAAUGCCUUCCUUGAGUCAAACUAA